AUGUAUUUGGAAACCAGAAGAGCUAUUUUUGUUAUUUGGAUUUUUCUUCAAGUUCAAGGAACCAAAGAUCUCUCCAUUAAAACAUACCAUUCUGAAACUAAAGACAUAGACAACGCCCAAAGAACUGAAACAGCUGAAGGUACUGCAAAAAUGUCCAAAACGCCAACCAUGAGACGAAUGUUUGAUUUGACAAAACACCGAACAAAAAGAUCAGCAUUUAUCCCAGCUGGGGUUAAAGUCUGUCCACAGGAAUCCACGAAACAGAUUUCAACCAGUCUUCAAGCUUAUUAUAGAUUGCGAGUGUGUCAGGAAGCAGUGUGGGAAGCGUAUCGGAUCUUUCUGGAUCGCAUCCCUGACACAGGGGAAUACCAGGACUGGGUCAGAAUCUGCCAGCAGGAGACUUUCUGCCUCUUUGACAUCGGGAAAAAUUUCAGCAACUCCCAGGAGCACCUGGAUCUUCUUCAGCAGAGAAUAAAACAGAGUAACUUCCCUGAGAGAAAAGAUGAAAUAUCCACAGAGGAGAUAUUAGGAGAGCCUGGUGAAAUCCCUGUGUUUUCAACAGACGUUGCUGAUGUCUCACUCAGGCCCUUCCCUCUCACUCCUGAGGACACACUCCUCAAUGACACCAAGAUGCCUACAAGAGAAAGAGAAAUAGAAUUCUCUGAGGCAUCUGAGGGCCCACUGGAGCAGAAGGUGGAGCUGAGCAUCUCUCUGGCAAACGAGCAGUUCAGGGAAGAGCUUGCUGACGCCCAGUCCCCAUAUUACCAGAAGCUAGCAGCAAAGUAUCAACUUCAGCUGCAAAAUGUAUUUAAGAAACUUCCAGGAUUCAAAGAAAUUCAUGUGUUAGGAUUUAGACCAAAGAAAGAAAGAGAUCGUUCAAGUUCCAUAGACGUGCAAUUUGCAACCAUCUUUAAGAGAGACAGUGCAGAAGCAAAAACUCCUGCAAGUGACCUGCUGUCUUUUGAUUCCAACAAAAUUGAAAGUGAAGGAGUCCUUCAUGGAAUGAUGAAGGAGGACAAGCCACCAGAAACCUACCUCACAGCUUUGGACCUCAAAAAGCUGAUCAGCAGAGCACUACAGGAAGACAGAUCCUUGCACGUGGGGACAAUUCAGUUCUCUGAUGAAAUUGUUGGUUCAUUGCCUGGCUCUGAUCCCAACACCCAGUCAGUGCUGCCUACACUCCUUGCUGAUAUCACAAAGGAUGCUACUUUGAGUCCAGAACUUCCUCUUGGUCAACCCAGGCUUGAAACAGUGGAUGGAGAAAGACACAGUCUACCUGGUGACUCUUUGUCUCCACCUGCUAUGGCCUCUACUACCCUAUCAGAAACUCUACCUUUCUUUACUGCAUCAAGCAUCUUCUCUCUGACUGAUCAAAGUGCCACAGACAUAACAUCCAUUGACCAGACACUGCUAAUCCCAGGACUAACCAUCCCCACUGAUGAUUAUUCUGCGAUCAGGCAACCGGCUUUGGAAAUUUCACAUUUGCCCGCAUCUUCAGAAGAUAACAGGUUGAGUCCAGGCAACCAAGAUAUAGUCCAAGGCUUAAAUGAAAUGGAUCUAUCUAACACUCCUGCCUCCUCUGAGGUAUCAGGAUUCAGUGGAUAUGUUUCCAUGCCAGACCGUUUCUUGAAGAAUGCCACUCCUCUUCCAGCUUUACAGUAUAUCACCACUAGCUCUAUGACCAUAGCUGCCAAGGGCGGAGAGCUGGUGGUGUUCUUCAGUCUGCGUGUCGCUAACAUGCCCUUCUCCAACGACCUGUUCAACAAGAGCUCUCUGGAGUACCAAGCUCUGGAGCAAAGAUUCACACAGUUGCUGGUUCCAUAUCUGCGAUCUAAUCUUACAGGAUUUAAGCAACUUGAAAUACUUAACUUCAGAAAUGGGAGUGUGAUUGUGAAUAGCAAGAUGAGGUUUGCUAAGUCGGUGCCAUACAACCUCACCAAGGCCGUGCACCGGGUCCUGGAGGAUUUCUGUUCUGUUGCAGCCCAACAGCUCCAUCUGGAAAUAGACAGCUACUCUCUCAACAUUGAACCAGCUGACCAAGCAGAUCCCUGCACAUUCCUGGCCUGUGGCGAAUUUGCUCAGUGUGUACAGAAUGAGUGGACCGAGGAAGCAGAGUGUCGCUGCAGAUGGGGGUAUGAGAGCCAGGGGCCCCUGGACCACCAGGGGGACCUGGGCCUCUGUGCCCCUGGAGAGAAAUGUGAGGUCAUCCAAGGAAAAGGAGCUCCGUGCAGGUCAUCAGGUCAUUCUAAAAAUCAAGCACACAAAACUAGUGAUAAAAAGUUCCAACCUCAACAAAAUAACAAGGUAACCAGGAAAAAAAAUUCUGAGUUGCUGACUGUGGGAUAUGAAGAAUUUAACCAUCAAGACUGGGAAGGAAAUUAA